AUUCCAGAAAUGGCUCCAGUAAUAGAAAAAGUAGGUCCGAAAUGUAUGUUGGGUGAAGGCCCACAUUGGGAUGCUGAGACUCAGACUCUUUAUUAUGUUGACGUUGGGGGAAAGACCAUUCAUAAAUAUGUUCCAUCCACAAGAGAACAUGCACAAGUUGUUGUGGGAUCUGACAGCGCCUCUAUAGUUAUACCUGUCGAGGGUGAACCUAACAAAUUCGUAGUGACCAGCGGUAAAAAAUUGUCUGUGGUUACAUGGGAUGGCAAAAGUGACACAUUAUCGGAUGUAAAAAUAUUGGCUGAAGUUACAUCUCCUGGGGCGUUCAAUGACGGGAAGUGUGAUCCUUCUGGUCGCCUCUGGACUGGGACUUUGGGUCAUCCUAUUGUCAAUUUAGAGGCGAAAAACGCUAAUGGGUCUUUAUAUAGUUGGUCCAACAACGUGCUUAAUGCACAUUUGUCAGGACUAUCAAUUGCUAAUGGAUUAGCUUGGAGCUCAGAUAAGACUUUAUUUUACUACAUUGAUACAGGCAAAGGAUAUGUUGAACAAUUUGAUUUCGACGUGACUAAAGGACAAAUUUCAAACGGAAAAGUAAUUUUCACACUUUCCAAACACGGAAUAGAAGGGUACUUAGACGGUAUGACCAUCGACGCCGACGACAAUUUAUGGAUAGCCAUCUUCAACGGCAGCUGCGUCAUCCAAAUCGAUCCCACGAAACCGGAAACUUUGCUUCAAAAAAUUGACAUGCCUACAAAACAAAUUACAUCGGCUGCUUUUGGAGGUGCAGACUUGGAUGAGCUUUAUGUAACCAGUGGGUCUUAUGCUUUUGGUGGAGAGGAUCUUUCAGGUCCAGAACAUGGUGCUACUUACAAAAUAACCGGUCUGGGGGUUAAGGGUUUGCCUGGAGUGUCUGUAAAAUUAUAAAAUAUUAAUUCUUAGAUAUUUAUGUCAUAUAAAAUCAAUAAAAGAGUAAAAAUAUAAAAUAAUUUUAUUAGU